AUGCGGCCGCCCGCGCCGCCCACGGUGGUGAUGCCGUCGGAGCGCGUCGUGGUGCUGCUCUCGUGCGCGCUUUCCGCGCUCGGCUCGGGCCUGCUGGUGGCCACGCACGCCCUGUGGCCGGACCUGCGCAGCCGGGCGCGGCGCUUGCUGCUCUUCCUGUCACUGGCCGACCUGCUCUCGGCCGCCUCCUACUUCUACGGGGUACUGCAGGACUUCUCGGGGCCCUCCUGGGACUGCGUGCUGCAGGGCGCGCUCUCCACCUUUGCCAACACCAGCUCCUUCUUCUGGACCGUGGCCAUCGCCCUCUACCUGUACCUCAGCAUCGUGCACGCUGCGCGCGGACCCCAGUACGACCACCUGUUCUGCACCUUCCACGUCGUCAGCUGGGGGGUUCCUCUGGCCAUCACUGUGGCCGCCGUCUCGCUGAAGAAGAUUGGCUACGAUGCCUCGGAUGUUUCUGUGGGUUGGUGCUGGAUUGACCUGGAGGCUGAGGACCGCGCCUUGUGGAUGCUGCUGACUGGGAAGCUGUGGGAGCUACUGGCCUACGUCACACUGCCUGUGAUCUACAUCCUCAUCAAGAAGCACAUUAACAGGGCGCACGCGGCGCUCUCCGAGUACCGGCCUAUCCUCUCCGACGCACACCGCAGGCAGCGCUGCACCUCUGUGGCUGAUAAGAAACUGGUCCUCAUCCCACUCAUCUUCAUCUGCCUGCGGGUCUGGAGCACCGUGCGGUUCAUCCUGACACUGUGCGGUUCCCCAGCUGUGAGCACACCAGUGCUGGUCGUUCUGCAUGGGAUAGGGAACACGUUCCAGGGAGGAGCCAACUGCAUCAUGUUCGUCUUCUGCACUCGCACCGUCCGCACUCGGCUCUUCUCUCUCUGCUGCUGCUGCUGCUCCUCCCAGCCUUCCACCGAGAGCCCGGCCGGCCCUCCGGAGGUGCUGGCGUCCUCCAAGAUAGGAGACUGUCAGGAAUCCAGACGGACCCCUGUGGAACUUCCAAGCACCUGAGCUUCUGUCCUUCCUGGUUCUGGGCUUAGGUGGUCCUUCCCAGGGACUGGUGGCCCUGUGGGUCCUGAUCCAGGGAGUGGGUGUGGGGCUGGGUAUCUGCUCUGUAAGCUCCCAAGCCCUGGUGGGGGGUGAGGGGGGAGCUGGGGAGCAGCUGCAAAUUCACCUUCUUCUACCUCCUAGACCCUCAGGCAGCUAUGUCCCCAUACAGCAUGUUCUGGCACAUUUGGGGGUCUGUCUACAUGAGGGUCAGUGAUGAGAUUCAGGGAAACCAGCAGUCCAUUGUCACUGCCACAGUGCUUCAGCAUCCAGUGGCCAUCAGCCUCUCGAUGGCCACCAGCGCUGUUUACAAUGUGAGGGACCUACACCCUGCAUGGAGAGGGUCAUGCCCUCUGUACCCAUCCUACCACGUGACUGAAUAAAGUGCCGGGUACAGAGGUAUGUCCCCAGUAUCGUGGAGCAGAUUCCUGGUUUGUCAAUGUGCUGAGUCCCUGGACAGCCUGGCUUUUCUUGGAGAGCUUGGCUGGUCAGUAAGGAGCCAGUCACCUGUAACCAGGCUGAAGGGUCCCCUGAGGUCUCUUGGUGACCACAUGGAUACCUUCCAACAGCACUGCUUGGGAACAGCAGGUCUCAGGGCCUCUUGAACUCCCUCUGUCUAGGCUGCCAAGCCUGGAUGUAGAUUGUGUUUAAGUUUCAAGGACAGGCCAGAAUCCAAACGCCUGCCUCUGCCAGGCAGUUAUUUAAAAUUUAGGUUCUCGCCUUCCGUGCAGGGGCUGGGCCAGGGGCAGGAGGAGGCACCAUAGAAGCCCAGAGGAUGCCCACCACGGUGUUGCUAGGUCUUUUUUUUUUUUUUUUACAAUAGUCCUUCCCUUAGGAAGACUACAACAGGGGUAAGUUGGGAGGCAAUCAGGCUUAUUCACUUGUUAGUUAGUUUUGGAGCCCUGGUGCCGCAAUGGAGCCCUGGUGGCAUGGUGGUUAAGAGGUACAGCUGCUAACCAGAAGGUUGGCAGUUCAAAUCCACCAGCCAUUCUUUGGAAACCUAUGGAGUACUUCUACUGUGUCGUAUAAGGUUGCUAUGAGUCGGAAUCAACUCGAUGGCAACAGAGUUUGGUGGCACAGUGGUUAAAAGCUCUGCUGCUAACUAAAAGGUCAGCAGUUCAAAUCCACCAGCUGAUCCUUGGAAACCUAUGGGGCAGUUUUACUCUGUCCUAUAGGGUUGCUAUGAGUUGAAUGGGUUGGGGUUUUUUUUUUUUUUUUUUUCCGGUUUAGUUUAGUUUUUGUAGGAAAGGCAACCAGAGUGAAUGACCCAAAUACAGAUUCCUCCCUGAAGGAGAAGGUUGAAGACUCAACUGUUUGGAGGUUUGGGGCAAGUGCAGACAUGGGUCAUGGGGUGAGUAUUUACAUCGAAAAGAAAAAAAAAUUUUUAAAUAAACUCCUCUAUCUCUAUCUGUAAAGGAGCCCUGAUGGUGCAGUCGUUGCAAUGCUCAGAUGCUAACAGAAAGGUUGGGGGUUUGAACCCACCAGCCGCUCCACAGAAGAAAGAUGUGGCAGUCUGCUUCUGUAAAGAUUUACAGCCUUGGAAGCCCUGUGGGGCAGAUCUGCCCUGUCCUGUAGGGUCGCUAUCUCUAUCUCUAUCCUAUUACUUUUCCACCAACACUUUCCUCUUAUUUCGGAAAGCAAUGCUCCUGCCAACUGGCUCCAAGAAUUAAAUCACAGAAGCCAUUGGGUAAGAAUGGGGCCGGCUGCCCCCAGUGUGUCCACAGUACAGAGUUGUUUUGGAGAGGGCUGGCUACAACUUUACGUAGUAGGUGCCUUUCCCUUGGGUCCAUCCUAGCUCUGCAAAAUCGACAGGAUUUUCUGAACCUAGCACAAUGGUUCUGAAUUAAAACCAAAGCCACACCUUAGUAUCAAUUCCUGUUUUAGUCUCAAAAGCAAAAUCUCUAUCAGGAAGAAAAUCUUAAAGCAAUAGGCACCUUGAGAAAUCAAUCCAAAAGGCUCAUUUUUGAUUUCUUGUAAAAACAGAUUUCUUUCUUUUUUUAAUGAAAAUCAGCAAGAGGUGAACCCAACCAACCAACCUGUUGCUGUUGAGUCAGUGCCAACUCAUGGUGACCCCGUGUGUUACAGAGUAGAGCUGCUUCACAGCGUUUUCUUUGCUGUAGUCUCUAUGGAUGGAAGGAGUUCACCUGGCCUUUCUUCUGCAGAGCCAGUGGGUGGGUUUGAACCACCAGCCUCUAGGUUAGCAGCCAACUGCAAAUCACUUACACUACACAACUCCUUAGAAUUCAAGGAAAGAUUUCGGCUGCCCUAGGGGAAACUACUUCACAGUAUGACAAUCGCCUUGUAUAAAUGGACUAUGUAAGGGAAGUUCUAGGUUCUUCUAGAGACUUCCCAUGCCUUAGAGCAAAUCAUUGAGCCCAUAGCUGGUAAAGACCCUCACCUUAGUUUCUAGAAUGGAGCAGAAAUUGAAUUAGAAAGAGUAUCAUACCCCUGUAGUACUGGGUGGCACUGGAAUAAACCCUGCUCAGAGGGGCUCCAGGGACCUGGGCUCUGGGGCUGCCCUGAGGUUGUGGCCUCUACAGCUGGGUCCAGACACCUGAGUUUUCCCGGACACUGUGCUGAUUCACCGGCAGCUCAGAGAACAUGUUUUGGGAUCCCCAGGGGUGCACCCGAGUUUAUCCCACAUGGUUGAUACUGCUGUCUGUGCCAUCUGCUUUUGUAAGUACCUCCAAAAAGUUCCCCCACCACUAGCUGCCAUCGUGUGGACUCUGACUCAUAGUGACCCCAUGUGUGUCAGAGUAGAGUGGUGCUUCAUAGGGUUUUAUUGAUUUCCUCUUUGGAGUUCUCGUUGUUAGUAUAGAGGAAUCCGACUGACUUUUGUGUGUUGAUCUUGUACCCUGCCACUUUGCUAAGCCUAUUAGUUCCAGCAACUUUCUUGUGGCAUCUCUGGAAUUUUCUAUGUAUAGGAUCAUGUCAUCUGUGAAUAGGGAUAGUUUUAUUUUUUCCUUACCAAUUUGGAUGCCCUUUAUUUCCCUUUCUUGCCUUAUUGAUCUGGCUAGUAAUAUUGAAUAAGAGUGGUGGUAACGGGCAUCCAUAUCUUGUUCCUGUUCUCCAGGGAAAUGCUUGCAGUCUUUUUUCUUUGAGAAUAAUGUUGAAUGUUGGUUUUGUAUGUUGUUGUUGUUAGGUACCGUCAAGUUGGUUCUAACUCAUAGCAACCCUACAUAUAACAGAAUGGAACACUGCCCAGCUCUGCACUAUUCUCAUAAUCAUUGGCGUGUUUGUUGUGUUGCAGCCACUGUGUCAAUCCGUCUCGUCAAGGGUCUUCCUCUUUUCUGCUGACCCUCUACCUUACCAAGCAUGACGUCCUUCUCCAGGGACUGGCCCUCCUGAUAACACGUCCAAAGUACCUGAGAUGAAGUCUCAUCAUCCUUGCUUCCAAGGAGCACUCUGGUUGCACUGCUUUUAAGACAGUCUUGUUCAUUCUUCUGGCAGCCCACGGUAAACUUAGUAUUCUUCGCCAACACCAUAAUUCAAAGGUACCAGUUCUUCUUCAGUCUUCCUUAUUCACUGUCCAGCUUUCACAUGCAUACAAGGCGAUUGAAAAUAUCAUGACUUGGGUCAGGCACACCUUAGUCCUCAAAGUGACAUCUUUGCUUUUCAACACUUUAAAGAGGUCUUUUGCAGCAGAUUUGCCCAAAGCAAUACAUCAUUUGAUUUCUUGACUGGGCAUUGAUUGUGGAUUCGAGUAAAAUGAAAUCCUUGACAACUUCAGUCUUUUCUCCGUUUAUCAUGAUGAUGCUUAUUGGUCCAGUUUUGAGGACUUUUGUUUUCUAUAUUGAGGUGUAAUCCAUACUGAAGGCUGUAGUCUUUGAUCUUCACCAGUAAGUGCCUCAAAUCCUCUUCACUUUCAGCAAGCAAGGUUGUGUCAUCUGCAUAUCAUAGGUUGUUAAUGAGUCUUCCUCCAGUCCUGGUGCCAGCUUCUCGAAUUAUUUGCUCAGCAUACACAUUGAAUAAGUAUGGUGAAAUGAUACAACCCUGACGCACACCUUUCCUGACUUUAAACCACACAGUAUCCCAUGUUCUGUUCAAACAAUUGCCUCUUGGUCUAUGUACAGGCUCUGCAUGAGCACAAUUAAGUGUUCUAGAAUUCCUGUUCUUCACAAAGUUAUUCAUAAUUUGUUAUGAUCCACACAGUUGAAUGCCUUUGCAUAGUCAGUAAAACACAGUAAACGUCUUUCUGGUAUUCUCUGCUUUCAGCCAAGAUCCAUCUGACAUCAACAAUGAUAUCCCUGGUUCCACGUCCUCUUCUGAAUUCAGCUCGAAUUUCUGGCAGUUCCCUCUCGAUAUACUGCUGCAACCAUUUUUGAAUUAUCUUCUGCAAAAUUUUACUUGUGUGUGAUAUUAAUGACAUUGUUCAAUAAUUUCCACAAUCUGUUGGAUCACCAUUCUUUGGAAUGCGCACAAAUAUGGAUCUCUUCCAGUCGAUUGGCCAGGUAGCUGUCCUCCAAAUUUCUUGGCAUAGAUAAGUGAGCACCUCCAGCGCCGCCUCCAUUUGUAUAUAAAAAAAAAAAAAACCAGUGCCAUCGAGUCGAUUCCGACUCAUAGCGACCCUAUUUGUAUAUAUGCCCUUAACUAUAUUGAGGAAUUUCCCUUCUAUUCCUAUUUUGAUGAGAAUUUUUAUCCUGAGUAUUGAAUUUUAUCAAAUGUCAUUUCUGCAUUGAUUGAGAUGAUCAUGUGACUCUUUCCCUUUAUUUAUGUGGUGAAUUACAUAGACUGAUUUUCUAAUGUGGAACCACCCUUGCAUCCCUGGUAUGAAUCCUACCUAAUUGUGAUGUGUUAUUUUUUGAUAUGCUUUGUAUUCUCUUGGAAAUCCUGGUGGCAUAGUGGUUAAGUGCUACAGCUGCUAACCAAACAGUUGGCAGUUUGAAUCCACCAUGUGCUCCUUGGAAACUCUAUGAGGCAGUUCUAUUCUGUCCUAUAGGGUCAUUAUGAGUCGGAAUCAACUCGACGGCAAUGGGUUUGGGUUUUUUUUUUUUUUUUGGUAUUCUCUUGGCUAGAAUUUUACUGAGAAUUUUUGCAUCUAUAUUCAUGAGGGAUACUGGUCUGUAAUUUCCUUUUUGUGUGUGUGUGUGUGUCUUUGCCUUGCUUCAGUAUCAGGGUUAUGCUGGCUUCAUAGAAUGAAUUAGGGAAUGUUCUUCUUUUUCGACGUUCUGGAAUAGUUUGGGUAGAAUUGGUGUCAACUCUUCCCUGUUUGGUAGAACUCUCCAGUGAAGCCAUCUGGGCUGGGGCUUUUUGUGUUCGGAGUUUUUUUUAUGAUACCUUCAAUUUCUUCUUUUGUUAUGGGUCUGUAUAUAGAUUUUCUAACUCUCUUUGUGUUAGUUUAGGUAGUUAGUGUGUUUCUAGAAAGUUGUCCAUUUCUUCUAGGUUUUCAAAUUUGUUAUAAUUUUUUCAGAAUAUUCUGUUAUGAUCCUCUUUAUUUCAGUUUGUUCUGUUGUAAUGUCACCCAUUUCAUUUCUUAUUUUGGUUAUUUGCAUCUUUUUUUUUUUUCCUUUGUUAAUUUGGGCAGUGGUUUGUCAAUUUUAUUGAUCCUCUCAAAGAACCAACUUCUACUUUUGUUGAUACUUCUAUUUAUUUCUGCUCUGAUCCUUAUUAUAGCCUUUCUUCUGGUGACCGUGGUCAUCUUCUGCUGUUCCUUUUCUGUUUGUUCAAGUUGUUGGGUUAAGUUACUGAUUUUGGACCUUCUUUUUUGAUGUAUUUAUUGCUAUAAAUUUUCCUCUGAGCACUGGUUUUCCUGUAUUUUGGUAUGUUGUGUCUUCAUUCUCACUUAAAUCUAAGAAUUUUUAAUUUCUUCUAUGACCCAGUAGUUUUUUAGUAAGGUGUUUCUCAGUUACCAUGUAUUUAAAAAAAAAUUUUUUUUCCUGCACGUUCUGUUACUGAUUUCUAGAUUUAUAACAUUAUGGUCCGAGAAGAUGCUUUUUAUUAUGUCAAUGUUUUGUAAUUUAUCGAGGCUUGUUUUGUGGCCUAGAAUAUGGUCUACUCUGGAGAAUGACCCAUGUGUAAUGGAGAAGAAUGUAUACUGUGCUGCUGUUGGGUGGUGUGGUGUAUAUAUGUUGAUGAGGUCAAGUUGAUUGAUUGUGCUAUUUAGAUCUUCUGUAUGUUCAUUGAGAAAGAUGUGGCAGUCUGUUUCCGUAGAGAUUUAUGGCCUUGAAAGCCCUGUGGGGCCACUAUGAGUUGGAAUCGACUCUAUGGCAGUGGGUUAGUUAUCUUUAUUGAGUUUCUCUCUAGUUAUUCUGUCCAUCAUCAAAAGUGGUGUGUUAAAGUCUGUCUUAGUUAUCUAGUGCUGCUAUAACAGAAAUACCAUAAGUGGGUGGCUUUAACAAACACCAGUUUACUUCCUUACAGUUUAUGGAGGCUAGAAGUUCGAAUUCAGGGUACUAGCUCUAAGGGAAUACUUAUUCUGUCAGCUCUGGGGGAAGGUCCUUGUCUCUCCUGGGUAAUCUUCAUGUGGCUUGGCAUCUCUCUUCCUCCAUCUCUGCUUCUCUCACUUGCUUGUUUAAUCUCUUUUAUAUCUCAAAAGAGAUUGAUUUAAGACACACCCUACACUAAUCCUAUCUCAUUAACAUAACAAAGACAACCCAUUCCUGAAUGGGAUUAUAACUACAGGCAUAAAGGUUAGGAUUUACACACAUAUUUUUUGAGACACAAUUCAAUCCCUAACAGUCUCCUACUAUUACUGUAGAACUGUCUAUUUCUCUUCUUCUUCUGUUAGUUUGUUUCAUAUAUUUUGGAGCUCUGUCAUUGGGUACGUAUUAUUGUUGUAUCUUCUUGGUAGAUUGACCCUUUGAUCAUUAUAUAAUGCCCUUCUUUAUCUCUUGUAAUGGAUUUUGACUUAAAGUUUCUUUUAUCUGAAAUUAUUAUUGCUACUCCGUCUUUGGAUACUGUUUGCUUGAUGUAUCUUUUUCUAUCCUUUGAUUUUUAACUUGUUUAUGUCUUUGUGUCUAAGGUGUGUCUCUUCUAGGCAACAUAUUGAUGGGUCAUGUUUUUUAUCCAUUCUGCCACUGUCUUAGUUAUCUAGUGCAGCUAUAACAGAAAUACCACAAGUGGAUAGCUUUAACAAAGAGAAAUUUAUUCUGUCACAGUCUAGUAGGCUACAAGUCCAAACUCAGGGCAUCAGCUCCAAGGGAAGUCUUUCUCUCUCUGUUGGCUCUGGAGGAAGGUCCUACUCAUCAGUCUUCCCCUGGACUGAUGAGCUUCUCCAUGCAGGAACCCUGGGUCCUAAGGACGCGCCCUGCUCCUGGUGCUGCUUUCUUGGUGGUAUGAGGUCCCCAACUCUGUGCUCACGUCCCUUUCCUUUUCUCUCUUUUAAGAUAAAAGGUGGUGCAGGUCACAUCCCAGGGAAACUCAAUUUAUUGGAUCAGGGAUGUGACCUGAGUGAGGGUAUUAUAUCCCACCCUAAUCCUUUUUAACAUAAUCUAAUUUUGCGCCAUUAACUACAGACAGAGAUUAGAACUUAUAACACAUAGGAAAAUUACACCAGUCACAAAGUGGAGGACAACCACACAAUACUGGGAAUCAUGGCCUAACCAAGUUGACACAUAUUUUUGGAAGGCACAAUUCAGUCCAUGACAGCCACUCUCUGUGUCUUGACUGGUGCAUUUAAUCCAUGUACAUUCAGUGUAAUUAACAAUAGGUAUGGAUUCAUUGCUGUAGUUUUGUUAUACUUUUUUGUGGUGUUAAUGGCUUCUUUGUUCCUCUUAAUUUUCUGUGCUGAGUUCUUUCUGUAUACGGAUUUUCUUUUCCUAUUAAUUGUUGUUGUUUUAUGUUUACUGAGUCUUUUUGGGUUUCUUCUUCUUUAUUUUGGCGAGUAGACUCAUUAUUUUUCUUUGUGGUUACCCUGAAGUUUACCUUAAUCCUCUUGAAAUUAAAAUAAUCUGUUAUAUCUUGAAAUUGCCUUGACUUCCUUCCCAUAUGGAAGUUCUGUAUCUUUUUUAUUCUUCUUUUUUGUUUUGAAGUUGCUGUUUACAGCUUAACUCCUCUGGUUCCCCGUAGUCUUUUUCUUUUUUAGCUUUAUUUUGCUGGAUACAUGAAGACAUCUGGGUUGGUAUCUGGGCGAUGUUGUCACAUGUCUUUAUCUUAGGUUGUUUGAUGUCAUUGGUUUUCUGUCUGAAGGAUUCCCUUUAAUGUUUUUUGUAAGGCUGGUCUGGUUUUUACAAAUUUCCUUAGUUUCUGCUUUCUGAGAAUGUCUUAGUUUUGGCAUUGUUUUUCAAAGACGGUUUUGCUGGAUAUAUGAUUUUUGUUGGCAGUUCUUUUCCUUCAGGAUUUUGUAUAUGUCAUCCCAUUACCUUCUUGCCUGCAUGGUUUCUGAUGAGAAAUCAACACCUAUUCUUAUUGGUGCCCCUUUGUAAGUGACAUUUCAUUUUUCACGAGCAGCUUUCAGAAUUCCUUCGUCUUUGGUUUUGGAAAGUUUGAUUAUGAUAUGUUUUGGUGUAUUUGGGCGGGGGGGGGCGUAUCUAUCCUGUAUCGGGUUUUCUGAGCUUCUUGGAGGGUAAGCUUCUCAUCUUUCAUGAUAGUUGGGAAGUUUUCAGCUACUAUAUCUUCAAAAAUUCUGUGCUUUUUUUUUUUUAUCUCCUCAUCUGAAACUUCUGUUACCCAUAAAUUAUUCCUCUUGAUGGUAUCCCACAUAACUCUUAGGCUUUCUUCAUUUCUCUUCAUUCUUUUUUCUGAUUGUUCCUCAAACAAAUUAGUAUCAAGGAAUCUGUCCACUCUUUCACUGAUUCUUUCUGUUGAUUCAGUUCUACUUCUGUGUCCUUCCACUGAAUUCUCUAUUACUGAUAUUUUAUUGUUAAUCUUCUCAAUUUCUAGCCGUUUUUGUAUUAUCUAUUUUCUGUUGAUUCUAUCAUUUUAUUCUUGUAUUGUUUUCCUGAAUUCUUCUAGGGUUUUUUCCGUGUUCUCCUUGAUCUCUUUGUUUUUGUUGUUAUUAGGUGCCAUCGAGUUGGUUUCAACUCACAGUAGCCCCGUGUAUAACAGAACGAAACACUGCUGGGUCCUGCAUCAUUCUCACAGUUGUUGUUCUAUUUGAGCCCACUGUUGCAGCCACUACGUCAGCCCAUCUCUUUGAGGGUCCUAAAUAUAAGUCUUUUGAAUUCCUUCUCAGGUGGUUCUAUUAUCGUUUCUUCCUCAGGAAGGUUUUCUUUCCCUUUAUUUUGCUCACUUGUUUGAACCAUCUCAUCGUGUUUUUUCAUGAUUUGUUAUUGUGUGCUGUCUUGGAGGCAUUAAGGGGUUACUUUAUUUAUUUAUGUACUGAUUGUAUAUUUGUUUUGUCCUGGUAUUUUUUGUUUUGUUUUAUCAGCGUAGGUGGGGCAAGCAUGUUCCAUUGACCACUGGUCUGGCAGCACAAGAGUGCUCACCACCUAUCUCCGAGUGGGCAGGGCAUUGCGGGCAGGACGAGUGUGCGUCACUGUUUACUGAGCAUGCUGGGCAGCUUGGGGCGGGCUGGGCAGGCAUGGGCUUCUGCCUAUCAUUGGUCCAGUGGCAUGUGGGAGCAUGCUAUGGUGCUCACUGGGUGGGUGGGGUGGUGGGCAGGGGGUGUAGUAAGCAACCAGCAGGGUGGGUGUGCUCACUGCUGCUUGCUGGGUGGGUAGAGUGGCAGGCAGGGGGUGUAGGGGGCGGCCAGUGGGGCAGGCGUGUUCACUGCCACUGGCUGGGUGGGCAGGGUGGCCAGCAGAGGCUGUGGUAGGCAACCAGGAACAUGGGAACGUUCCCUGCUGCUUACUGGGUGUACAGGGUGGUGGGUGGGUGGAGUGGCAGGUGGGAGGCGUGGUAGGAGACCAGCAGGGCAGAUGUGCUCACUGCCACUCACUGGGUGGGCAGGGUGGCAGGUGGAGGGGGGUGUCAGGCAAACUGGAGUGUGGAAGCAUUCUCUGCUGCUCACUGGGUGUGUGGCGUGGUGGAUAGGAGUGUGUGGCAGGUGGGGGGUGUGGUGGGCGAUCAGUGGGGCAGGCAUGCUCACUGCUGCUCGCCGGGAGAGCAGGGCGGCAGGGUGUGGUGGUCAACCAGGAGUGUGGGAGCACUCUGCUGCUGCUUACCAGGUGGGCAGGGCAGCAGCUAGCGACCAGGGAUGUGGAGCGCUUACUGCCGCUCACUGGGUGGACGGGGGAGCAGGUGGCGGUGAGAAAGGUGGGCUUGUACCGUGGUCCCCAGGCAGGCAGGGUGGUGGUGGGGGGGAGUUUGUGCCACCAGUCACCAGGAGGACAGGGGAAAGGGGAGUGUACUCCUCUGGUCACUGGGCAUGGGUGCCUGGGCGCUCCCCACUGGCUGCAGGCAGCAGUCAGGAUCUGACCCUGAUCAAGUGUGAGGAGGGGGUGCUGCGCAGAGUCCGGUUAGGUGGGGGACCUCCUGCUGACACUUCAUGGAUCUGUUAGCCCAUGUAUGCUGCCCACCUUAAUGGUCAUGGACUGCCAUUGGUGAGUAGUCCCAUCUCUGGAUCCUGACUCCUUCCCUGCUCUGUGGACUCCAGGAUCCCUAGAGCUCUCGCCCUCCUUCUUAGUCAUCUAGCGCUGCUGUAACAGAAAUACCACAAGUGGAUGGCUUUAACAAAGAGAAAUUUAUUUUCUCACAGUCUAAUAGGCUACAAGUCCAAAUUUAGGGCAUCGGCUCCAGGGGAGAGCUUUCUCUUUCUGUUGGCUCUGGAGGAAGGUCCUUGUCAUCAAUCUUCCCUUGGUCUGGGAUCUUCUCAGUGCAGGAACCUCCGGUCCAAAGGACACACUCUGCUCCCAGAGCUGCUUUCUUGGUGGUAUGAGGUCCUCAUCUCUCUGCUCACUUCUUUUAUAUCUCAAAAGAGAUUGGUUCAAAAUACCAUCCAAUCUUGUAGAUUGAGUCCUGCCUCAUUAACAUAACUGCCUCUAAUCCCACCUCAUUAACAUCAGAGAGAUAGGAUUUAUAACAUAUAGGAAAAUCACAUCAGAUGACAAAACGGUGGACAGUCACACAACACUGGGAAUCAUGACCUAGCCAAAUUGAGACACAUAUUGUUGGGGGACACAGUUCAAUCCAUGACACCCUUCUUCCUGUACUUUCCCUCCUUAGAUCUGGUUCAUGUCCUGCUCACCUUGCUUCACUCUGUGUGUGUCUAUACAGUUUCUCUGUCUCCUGUUGGGAAUUCCAUGGAGUUGCCUUCCUGUGCUUCUCACCUGGGAUUGCUCCUGGCUUUGUCUCAAGAUGGCCUCAGAGUGCUAGGCCAGUUGGCAGGGCACCUCCGUUCAGUAUUUCUCCUCAUUCACUGUUAUCACUCAGCUUUUCCUUCCAUUCGGUGUUUAAUCUAAUUCUUUAUCCUUAGUUUGAUGCUCAGGGCUCCAGGACUGUCAUCUGUAUCUGUUUCAUUUGGUUUCUUGGGUCUUUGCUGUAGGCGGUCGGCAUGGUGUGCCUGACUAAGCUGCCAUCUUGGGCUGUCUCUCCACAGGGUUUUCAGUGGCUAACUUUUUAGACAUAGAUUUCCAAGUCUUCUGAGGCACCUCUGGGUGGACUCAAAUCUCCAGCCUUUUGAUUAGCAGCCAAGCGCAUUAACCGUUUGCACCACCCAGGGACUCCUCCAAAAAGUUACACCGUGAGUAUUCCCACGUCACCUUCCCUACCCAGCUGUUUCUGCACACAGUUUAAUGUGUUACUGUGAGUGAUGGUGGGCAAGUGGUGUGGACCAGGAAGGAACUUGCCAAAGUGCCUUAGCCUGGGCCUGAGGCCAGGUCUGCUCUGUCUGUGUCUGAAUCGCUGGGCGUCUGACCUCGAAAGCAACAACAUCUCUUCUGUCUUGGAUUGAGUAACUAAAUAAAUAUAGCCAGGUGGGUAGAGUUAAGAACUAAACGAUGAAUGGGAAUGAACCAGUAACCAGUUGCCAUCGAGUCAGCUCUGACUCGUGGUGACCCCUUGUGUGUCAGAGUACACCUGAGCUCCAUAAGGUUUUUAGUGGCUGACUUUCAGAAGCAGAUUGCCAGGCCUUUCUUCCAAGGUGCCUCUGGGUGGACUUGAACCACCACCAUUUCGGUUAGCAGCUGAGUGCAUUAACUGUUUGCACCACCCAGGGACUCUGGGAAUGAAAGUGUCCUAAAAAUCCAGGAGGGGUUAUAGCUUUCUCUUCCAGUGGAUUCCUUUCUCUUCUGUUAUUGUUGUUAAUGUUUACCUGCCUGCAUCCCUCAGUCUCUGGCGUACGAGCUCAGCCUUAACCAGUGCCCCAGCCCUGACUGUCAGCUCAGUCUCUUCGUAAGCACUUUUUGAAACUCUCUGAAAUCACGUUUACCAGCCACUUUCUCCCUGUUUAGGCUUCGGAGCUUGCGGUGUUUUUUUUUUUUUAAAUAAAUAUGAUUAUUCAGCCCGGGGUAAAGGUGCAAACAGAACUCUUCAUAUGUCCGCUACAAGGAAAAACAUUUUUACAGACUUCCAGUCAUGGUGUAAUAACAUAGUGUUGAGUUUUUGCACCUGCAAAAUUGUAAUGAAAACCAUGGCUGUCUGGGAUGAAGUCAAAGCCUUACUAUUGUAAAUUAAAUAAAUUAUUUUUCUCUUGUGUGUUUGCUAAACUGAUUCUCCAAGGAUUGGGGGGGGUGGGGAGAAGGGUUCUGCUGUCACACCUUCUUUACUGGCAAAGGUGGUCUAGUGGGCAGCCACCCUGCUGGCAAAGCCAAGUUUUCCCGAGUUUGCCUGAUGAGAGUUUUCAGUGGGAUAAUUUUCAGUGGGAUAAUUCUGGGCCCUGUCGCCAGUGAGGAUCAAUACUCUCAUGUUCCAAGGAUCCCCACUUGGAGCUAACCUUGCAAGAGGGAGACCCUCCUGGGCUGACCCCAGCACCCUGUCCCUUAUGCAUCGUCUUACCAUGGCACAUGGUGACCCACAAGAACCGUAGCUACAGGAUUCCUGGUGUCCUAGGGUGCCUGAUGAUGCUAACGGGCUCUUCCUUGCAGGAGCUGACCUGCCUAGCCUCUAGGGCCCCACCUACAGGUGAUUACAAAAAAAAAACCAAACUGCUAGGCCUUGAGAACUUCACUCUCCCCAGAGCACUGUUUCUUUGUUCCACUUCCUUUUUGGAUUGUGUGAAGUUAAAAACACACUGACAACAACAAAAGGACAAGCAACCCAACUGAAAAAUGGGCAAAGGGCUUGAAUAGACAUUUCUCCAGAGAAGAUACACAAAUUGUCAAUAACCACAUGAAAAGAUACUCAAUGUCAUUGUUGCUGUCUUUAGCUGCCGUCGAGUCAGCCCUGGACAGAAUGAAAUGCUGCGGGUCCUGGGAGGCUGGUGGUUGGGUCCGACACAUGGCGAUCCCAAGCGUAUCAGGUAGAACUGUGCUCCAUGGGGUUUUCAAUGGCUGAUUUUUCAGAAGUAGAUCACCAGGCCUUUACUUCCAAGGCGCCUCCGGGUGGACUUGCACCUCCAACCUUUCAGUUAGCAGCCAAGUGCAUUUGCUGUUUGCACUACCCAGGGACUCCAUGCACAAUUCUUAAAUGAUACUGAAAUAGCAAUGUCUUGUCCUGAUUUUUUUGUGGUGACCACUUUGGAGUUCUUGGCUGUUGUGUGCUGUUGAGUCUAUUCCAACUCAUAGUGAUCCCAUAUUACAGAGGAGAACUGCCCCCAUAGGACUUUCUUGGCUAUAAUCUUUACAGGAGCAGAUUGCCAGGUCUUUCUCCUGUAGACCUGCUGGGUGGGGUCAAACCACCAAGCUUUUGGUUAGCAACCAAACACUUAACCAUGGUGCCACCAGGGCUCCUUUGGAGUUCUUUAACUAUUGUUUCUUGUAUUUCUCUCCAUAUCUAUAUGAAAUGUGUCAUGCUUAUCUGUGAGAAAACGGAAGAAGCUUCUCCCACCCAAGCUAAGAAACCUCCACAAGACCCUCUAUUCCUCAUUAGCUUCCCUGCAGCUCUUUAUUUUCCAUUCCCUCAAAGACCCUUUAUCACCUCUUUCUUGACUGCCCACCAGCCUCCCAGGUCCACCAUACAACUAAACCAAACCUACUGCCAUCACGUUGACUCCGACUCAUAGCAACUCUAUAGGACAAGUAGAACUGCCCCACAGGGUUUCCAAAGAGUGCCUGGUGAAUUCUAACUGCUGACCUUUUUGUUAGCAGCUGGGCUCUUAACCACUGCACCACCAGGGCUUCCAGGUCCUCCACAACACCCCCAAAGUCUUUGCUGGAAGUUCCUGGAGUGAACGACAAAGUUAUAUGCCAUUUUUACCUUCAUGGGCUAGCAUCUCCUGGGAAUAGUAAAGUGGUGUUGAUGGAAACAGUCAUGUCUUCAUCAAGUCCUGUUCAGGUAGACAAGCUACGUGGAAGGUUUUGAGUCUCUGGGACAGUAUCAGGAGAAGCAGGUGGGUCCCAACCAUCAGCCUCUUGAAUCAUGUGCUUCUAGAAGGAGGCAAACUAGGCUCUGGCCACUCUCUACCAUCUCAUCAUUGUAUGACUCUGGGAAAAUUAUUUUAUCCUCUCUUCGCCUCAGUUUCAUUUAAAAUGGAGAUAAUAAUGAGACUGAAAUGAGAUCCAGUGCUUAUCUUGAUAACUGACCCAAAGAAAUGGGAUCUCUCUACACCUUCACCAUGGACAUGGGUGGUAGAAUUCUCACCUUCCAUGCGGGACCCAUGUUCCAUUCCCAGACAAUGCACCUCAGGCAUAGCCACCGCUCGUCUGUCAGUGGAGGCUUGCAUGUUGCUGUGAUGCUGACCAGGUUUCCGCAGAGUUUCCAGACUGAGAUGGACUAGGAAGAAAGGCUUGGCAAUCUCCUGAAAAUCAGCCAGCAAAAACCACAGCGAUCACAACGGUCUGGUCCACAACUGAUCUUGGGGAUGGUGCAAGACUGGGCAGUGUUUUGUUCUGUUGUGCAUGGGGUUGCCAUGAUUUGGGGGCCAACUCUAUGGCAACUAACCACAAGAACAAACUUUUGCUAUCAUUAUGGCUUUUAGCCUUUCUGGUGUUAUCUAAGGGCAUUGAAAAUUCUCCUUCUGACCUGUUCCACACACUUCAUUCCACCUCUUUGCUUCCAGAGCCCCAGGGCCAGCCUCAACAGUUCACUUGUCUUUAGAAGGCAAGAACUUUAGACUUAUUCUUAUUGGGGUGGCCCCUGUUUGCACAGCAAUUCUGGAAUUUCUCAUGAGUAUUGUGCCAGAGCUGGGAGCAGACCUUCCCUCUGAGACUUUCUGUAGCUCUUUUCCCUGGUAGACAGGGGAGCCAGGGACUUGCCCCAUUGCACCAGGAAGAGUUUCUCAGAUGUCAAUAGGGAAACUCUUCAGCUGCCAGCAUUGUCUUGGCUCUAGGGGAGGGAGCCUCUUUCCGUUCCUCUGCCACCCAUCACCCACCAUUCCAGGAGGAAAAUCAGAUGGUGAGAAUGGAGGACAGAGCUGACUGCCCUCUGAGGUUUGCCAGCCUGCACCCAGAUGAGCACCAAGGAAAGUCCUGGCACUCUGCAAACCGCCAGGAGGUAAGUCGCCCAGGGCAUAAGUCUGCUCUGGCUGGGUGCAGACAUAGGAGCCUGAGGGCUAAGGGGUUCAAGGAGGAAAGGCUGUAUUCACAAAAAAUGGCAGGCUUCUCGAACAUUACUGUGAGCCCGAAUUGCCUGAGGGUCUGGUUAAAAUGCAGAUUCCAAUAAGUUCUGCAUCUCUAACACCUCCAGGUGGUGUGCAUGCUGCCAGUUCACAGACCAGUCAGGCCUGGAGGAAGCUUCAAGGCUGUGGGCUGAUGCUCACUUGGCUGGUGGAGACCUCUUUUUCACCAGCCCCCUUGGAGAUAAAGCGCUGCUUUUCUGACUUCCUUUGGUCUUGAGGGAACCUGUACGUUAGGCAGCCCCUGUAGGGCUGCUGGCUCCCAUAUCAUUCCUCAAGAACCCAGGUGGGAAAGGUCAAGAUUCCAUGGUGUGUUGGUGCAUGUUCAACAACAGGGAAGGGUGGGGAGUGGCGCUGAUUUAUAGCCUGCGCUGAUUUCUGUGAUACUCCCACAGCUGUUAGCUUUCGUGGAAUCAGCUCUGACUCAUGGUGACCCCGUGUGACAGAGUACAACUGCUCCAUAGGGGUUUUCUUGGCUGUAAUUGUUACAGAAGCAGAUCGCCAGGCUUUUCUUCUACAGCUCCGCUGGGUGGGUGCAAACUGCCAAUCGUUAGGUUAGCAGCUGACAGCAAACACCUUGGGCCACCUGGGCUUCUUACUCCCACAGCAGCUGAUUUAAAACUGCUGCAGGGAAAAACUGCUUCAAUGGAAGACUACACAUUGCUUGGAGCACACCCUUCCUGGUUAUCUGAUUCUGAUUCUACCGGGGCUCUGCUCUUUGAUCGCCUUUUUUACAAUUCUCUAAAUUGUAAAUAACUGAUGCUGGUAUAGAACUCUGCUGGCGCAGUGGUUAAGUGUUUUGCUGCUAACCAAAAGGUCAGCAGUUGGAAUCCACCAGCCGCUCUUUGAAAACCCUACGUGGCAGUUCUCCCCUGUUCCGUAGGGUCACUAUGAGGCGGAAUCAGCUCGACAGCAAGGGGUUUUUUGAUGCUGGUACAAAAUAAUUUUUGUCUAUAGACGUGCAAAUAAGUACUGUUGGGAAGUUUUCGUGGACUUCCUUCCCCCAGUUUUGCAUUCUUUAGGGAAUCAUUUCAACAUUGCUGAUCUAGAAAUGUGGUUGUUCCUUGGAAACUCUUUUGAAUCAGUUAGAACAUCUACCUGGCUCCCUCGUUAAUGAGUUAAAAAAAAAGAAAAAAAUAUUUAAUACGUGUUUUUUUAUUUUGUACCAGAGCCAUGAUUUGUAUCUUUUUCUUUUUUUUUUAAUUCUCCUUUAACAUUACUAAUGAGAGGUCACUGAACAGAGUUAGAAAGAGAUGCACAGUAGUACACUAUUGUAGAGUACUUCCGUAUUUACCACCUUUGUAUUUCUUUUUAUUGAGGUGAAAUAUGAGUA